GCAAGUGGAAGAAUACUUCGGCGAGAGUAACAAACUGGCGAGUACUGUAAGCAUGUCUGGUGCAAGGACUCGUCAAGCCUUGUCGAAGCUGUAUCCUGCUCUCCGAGGACCACUGCAGCAGGUCCGCGCCGACGUAUUUGGGCAAUAUGCGAACCUCAAUCUGGGCCGAUCGGGGUACAAAGAAAGCAAGCGCCAACUGGAUGGAGUAUACAUCAAUCAAUACUACCAGGAUUCCAUUGCUACCUCAGCUCGUAAGGUUUUUCCGGGCUUUUUAACAGAAGAGGAGGAACGCCGGAGAAUCAAACUUAUCCAGUUACGUCGACGAGGAAAGGGCCCGCCCAAAAAAGGCGCUGGUGGACGAUCCAAAAAGAAAAAGUAAAAGUAGUAGCAAGAUAAGUCAGCAAAUGCAAUCAACGCAAGCCUUUUUCUCUUCUUG